GAGGAAAUGAGAGUCCUAAUUUUGGCGCACAAACAGACAACGAACACCGAGAGAACAUAGUUUUGGGGUCAGUUUUUCUUUCAUCAAUUGUCAGGUAGCUACUUCCCAGGUCCCUUCUUCUGUCCCCUCCUCCUCUCCCUAUAUUGGAAUCUCAGAUUUUGGGGGACGAGAGAGAGAGAGAGAGAGAGGAAGUGAAUCUGUGAAUCUUGGAGAGAGAAAGAUCUGACAAAUGCGGACCGCACCGUUAGGAGGAAUUUCAGUGAACAGUCUCUGUGUCUCCCUCAAUUCCAAGAACUUGCCUUUCUUUCCUUCUAGGGUUUCUCAUGAAUCCUCUUUCUCUCAUCUCUCCAAAUCAGGGCUUUGUAGAGCCAGUCAAGUGGUUGAAUUAUUCUCAACUGUGUCGCCUGGGAUUGUUGUUCGGGAGGCCAGGUUAGAGGACAGUUGGGAAGUAGCCGAGACUCACUGUAGCUCCUUCUUCCCCGAGUACUCAUUCCCUUUAGAUUUUGUGUUAAGGAUCGACAGGUUAAUCGCGAUGCUAUCUGGAUUCUCGGUUCCAAAUGGUUGCCGGAGAACUUGUUUGGUUGCUGUGAUUGGAAGCUCGGAUGAAGAUACCUUUUUCUGUGGAAGUGAAGAUUUUAAAAUCCUAGGUUUUGAUGCAAAAUUUAGGCUGAAUAAGGGAUAUGUAGCUGGGAUAUUAACAGUGGAUACUGUGGCCGACUUUCUUCCAAGAAAAGGACCACUUCGGCAGAGAAGGACAGGAAUCGCAUACAUAUCGAAUGUUGCAGUUCGGGAAAGGUUUCGACGAAAGGGAAUAGCCAAAAAGCUCAUAGCAAAAGCAGAGGCUCAAGCACAAAGCUGGGGAUGUCGUGCCAUUGCAUUGCACUGCGACCUUAGUAACCCUGGGGCCGUAAAAUUGUACAAAGGCCAGGGUUUCAAGUCUAUCAGAGUGCCAGAAGGAGCAAAGUGGCCUCAACCCAAGACCUCACCUGAUACCCUCUUCAACUUCAUGAUGAAGCUCCUUCAUACACCAACCAAUUCUUAAAUGCUUUAGGGACACCAAUUAUCGAUAUACAGAUGGCCGUCAAAAGAAAGGUAGAAUGUUUGGGACAAGUAAAUAUAUAACCUGGGGGGAUAAAGUGGCGAAUUCGCAACACUUAGUUGUAGCUGUGAUGUUAAAUUUGUGCAAAUGAAUUUUAUGUUGUAUUAUAAAUGGCAUUUGAUCAAGGCCAGGUUAAAAUGGUUAUCUAGUCUGGUUGGGCAUGUAUAGUAUUCACUUGCUUUCCUCUUUCUUCCUCAAUCCCUUUAAUUUAGUUUAUGUUAUGGUUAU